AAUUGAAGCUGGCUUAAGAAAACCAGAUGCUAUUAUUUGUUUUUAUACACCAUUUCUUCUUUGUUAUAGUCUAUCACCAUCUCGAUUAUUGGCUAUUAUGGAUCCAUUAUUAAACACAGGUUUUCUAUGGCGUUGUCUAGCCGCAUAUACUGGAAUCAAGUCUGAUAAUAAACCACCGAAUGAUGAUCUUUCUUCAGCAACAGUUAAUAUUGAUAAAGCACCUGAAAAACGACGUAAAAUUAGUAGUGAUACAUCAUCAUUAGAUCAAAUUCUAUCUGAAGAUGAAAACACAUCUGAAAGUAUACAACUUGAUGGGAAAGAUAUUUAUCAUGCUCGAUUAGUUGAUAUAAUGGGUUCACGUCAAGCACAUCUUCUUCGAAAAUUACGUGAAGCAUCAUUACCAAAUCAUCCACAUAUGUCACCUUUGCGUGCUUCCGAUGAAAUUUUACGACAAUUUCCAACAACUUAUCUUUUUCCAUGUGCUCGCGAUCCAUUUAUUGAUGAUAAUGUUGAAUUUGCACGUCGAUUACGUUCUCUUAAUGUUCCUCAUCAUUUAACUGUUGUCGAUGAAUGGCCACAUGGUUAUCUUGAUUUUGGUUUUGCAUCAGAUGAUGUUGCUAAAUUUAAUAUUGAGAUCAUACGUAUGCUUCAGAAUAUUGUUCAGCAAUCAUAUUCCAAUGAUACCGGUGAUAUUACUUCCGUACCAACUUUUUCUGAUUAA